AAGCUUGGGGACCAUGAGUGGGAAAUUGUGGAGCAGCUUCGUGCCAUAUUGAAGAUUCUCAAGGACGCUACCCUCUUUUUCUCUUGCUCAACUCCCAACCUUGCAACUGUUAUUCCCACGAUGGACAUAAUUGACGAACAAAUGACUAUCUAUUCUCACAACAAGAAAUUUUCACCAUCCAUUCGUGCGGCAGUUCAACUGGCCAAGAAGACUCUCGACCAAUACUAUCAGUUGACGGACAGCUCUGAGGUGUAUAGGAUUGCAAUGGUCUUACACCUGCAUCACAAAUUGUCCUACUUCAAGUUGGCUGGUUGGGAGGAUGACUGGAUCAACACUGCAGAAGCUCUAGUGCAUGAUGAGUUUGAGUGGUCCUAC